AUGUCUUUCGAUCAGUUAUCGUCGUUGGAGUCGCAGCCCACCACGAUGCGAAGAGAGGACGAUCCUCAGUAUGCGGAUGAUCCAGAGUUCCAACAACUAUCGCAAGCGCUCAUGACCAAACUUUUCACAUUAACUGGGAAUAUUUCGAGGCUUCAGAACGAGAUAGCGUUACUUGGUACACGCAGAGACACAGAGAGGGUACGGGAAAGGGUCCAUGAUCUAUUGGAAGAUUCCAAAGAUGCGUUCAAAGAGAUCGGGGAAGGUGUUAAGAAGAUACAGUCAUGGGAAGAUGUUAGCCCAUCGCAAAAAUAUACGCAGCAGAAACUCGCCCGAGAGUUUCAAUCGAACCUAACCGAAUUCCAAUCCGUACAACGACAAGCUCUGGAAAAGCAGCGGUCGACUAACUCCUCCGCGAAACUCGCGCUCGAAGAAGCGCAAUCUCCGAAUUCAGAGUCAUCUCCAUCAUAUCAAAUUCAAGCGCAAGAAACUUUGCGUUUAGCAUCACAAGACGAGGUCGACUUCCAAGACUCUCUGAUUGUAGAGCGCGAAGCUGAGAUCCGCAAUAUCGAGCAAGGUGUCACAGAGUUAAACGAACUAUUCAGAGAUGUAGCUCACAUAGUCAGCGAGCAAGGAGAGAUGCUGGAUACUGUUGCGAAUAACGUGGAGAGCACGAGAACCGAUACAAGGGGCGCUGACGUAGAAUUGAGGAGUGCCGCGAGAUACCAGAAGAAUGCUAGGAGUAAAGCCUGCUGCUUGCUUUUGAUUCUAGCGGUCAUUUUGACGAUUAUUAUUACUGCUGCUGUGGCUGGUUGA